AUGGACAUUGCUACGUUCGAGGAUGAGUUCCCGAUGGCGCUGGUCAACGACUCGAUCAAUAUUCGCCGGAAACCAUUGAAGCUCUCCCGUAUCCUUGGCCGGCCAGGCGACAGCUACGAGGCGACGUUCAGCCUGGACACCGAGCGCGGCACCACCGUGAACAUUGACCUGUUCACGAUGUAUCGCGACCAGAGCAGGCGCCGCUACUACAUCACCAUGGUCUACAAGGUCUACAAGCCCGCCUUCUACGUGUUCAAGCAGCUGUCACAUCUGCAAAAGUUUCAAUCGACUUAUCCGUGGUUCGGCGCUGAUCUGUGCACGGCCGAUCUGCACGGCCACCUCUUCCAUGUCCCCUGCAAUCCAGAAUUGAUUUUGGAGGCUGAUUACGGCAAGAAUUGGCGCGUCGACCAGAACAACAAGGAUUACACCUGGGGCAGCAACACCAUCAAAACUGGACAAAUUCCGGCCGCCGAAGCCCGCGCCUUCCACCGCUCCUUC